ACUUCCAGUGCAAUAAAUGAAAUGGAGGAUUUUGAUUUGGCCUCCUCGGGUGAAAUCGAUAAUAAAACAGAUCCAAUUUAUUCAAUAAAACCGGACUUUAUAACACAAUGGCGCCUUAAAAAGGAACGUGAAAAUCUCUGCCGUUCAAUUUACAAUCGUUUUGUCGAACAUAACGAAUGUAAGCGUCUGCUGAAAGCAGCCAAACUAUAUCGGCCUUAUAUUGGGGAAAAUGGUGAACUUAAUUUAUGGACCAGUGAUGAUUUGGAACGUUUGGCGGCCUAUGUUAAUGGUAGCUCGACUCUGGCGGCGACAAAUAGUACAAGUUUAUAUGGCAGUACUGGCGAGGAAACAGAAGAGGGUCCAGCAUUGGUAUUGCCACCAUUUGAGCUAUGGCAAACAAUAGCCAUUGCUGUGUGUUUGGCCAUCUGCAUCAUCCUGACAGUGGGUGGUAAUAUUUUGGUCUUAUUGGCAUUUAUUGUCGAUCGUAAUAUCCGUCAGCCGAGUAAUUAUUUUAUUGCAUCACUGGCGGCCACAGAUAUGUUGAUAGGUACCGUCUCCAUGCCCUUCUACACCGUCUAUGUGCUAAUGGGCUAUUGGGAUCUCGGCCCGUUGCUUUGCGAUCUUUGGCUUUCCGUCGACUAUACCGUUUGUCUGGUCUCCCAAUACACGGUACUGCUCAUCACAAUCGAUCGCUAUUGUUCGGUAAAAAUUGCCGCUAAAUAUCGUAGCUGGCGUACCAAACGUCGCGUGAUUUAUAUGGUCACAAUAACCUGGAUAAUACCUGCCCUGCUGUUUUUCAUAUCGAUUUUCGGGUGGGAACAUUUUACCGGAAAACGUGAUCUACUGCCCGGUCAGUGUGCUGUACAGUUCCUUAAAGAUCCGGUAUUUAAUACGGCCCUCAUUAUUGGUUAUUAUUGGACGACACUGAUUGUGCUGUUUGUCCUCUACGGCGGAAUUUAUAAGACCGCCUAUGAAAUGCAGAAACGCAGUGAGGCGAAACAAAGGAAAAUGCAGUCCAUGGUGGCUUUGAGUGCGGGAGCCAUGUCUGGUAUGGCUGGACAUGCGGCGGGUAUUGGUGCGAUUGAAGAGAAAAUCCUAAAGACAAAAGUGGAAUUGACAGGUUCACAGGAUAAGGAGGGAUGUGAGCAGCCAUGUACGGCGGCUAAACGUUAUAGUGGUUCCGGGCAGGCCAACCCCUUGGCGCAGGCCACGGAGAUCAUUAAUGGGUCUUUGGUUGAGACCAAAGCUGAGGAACAACGACGUAUAUCAGAGGGUAAGACAAAUAAAGCGGGUUCGAAAAAUGAUUCUGGUGAAGUGGAGAAAAGUGAGCGAUCCAGUAGUCCGGCCUUUGAUUCGGAUGAGGAGUCGUCCGUCAAUCAGGCCCAGCAAUUUAUGCAACAACAAAAAGUUGCCAAUUUGCGAAAACGUUCUUCCAUUGGUUUGGUUUUCGGAGCCCAGGCGGCAUUGAUUGCCACGCGUAGUAAAGGUAUGUGUACCCCCACCUCGAAAUCCAGUGAAGCCAUGGCUCCAUCAUCCUCCGGUGCCAGUUCUCCCCAUCCCAGCCAGAAAAUCGAAAGAACCCAAAGUAAAGAGGAGUUAAGUCGCCAACCGGCCAUGGAUAAAAUGAAGAGGACCUCCUGCGCCACCCUAUCCCAGAUUGUUGAAACCGAACGAAGACCUUCCACAAUAACAACAACAUCAUCACCACCACAGCCACAGUAUCCACCUCCGCCUAUGGCGUCCUCUAAUAAAUCCACCAAACCUCCCAAUGAUGAAUCCCCAUUGUCACCGGUUAAUUUGGCUCCCAUUGUUGUGCCCCGCGAACAGGUCCAGGCAAGUUUGGUACAUGCCAUCCUCCCGCCACCGGAACAAUUCCAGUGUAGCUCCCUGCUCUCCGAUACCUCUGAGAAUCCGAGCAGUAACAGCGAAUUGCAUUUGACCUAUGAUGUGAUGGCGAACAAUUCGGAAUUGCGCUUCAUGGAUGAGAGUUCCAUAGCAAUGGCCUCGCCCACCACCUAUAAUUAUAGUAACGGUGGUGGGGCUAACGCGGCGACCACUGCGACAAAUAAACUUCCAAGUGCCGGCCAUGCCAAACAGAAUGCCAGCAGUCCCACGCUGUUAAGUCAGGCUUUGCAAAAAGUUGCAGCCCAAACCGCCAGCACAACCACUCCCCUGCAACCGCAACAACAACAACAAGGUGACAAUAAUACGAUUUCCACCAAGAACCUACAAUCCCCAAUCCAACCUCACCCUGCAACCACAACCUCCACCUCCAAUACCAUUGAAAUUGAAAAACAUUUACUUGUCUCCUAUACAGGUCUGGAGGACUUUGAGAGGGUGCGUCGGGAAAGCUGCAUCGAUGCCAGUAAUUUAAUGUUUCCGCGACACAAUAGUGCCGAUGCGGGCCUCCUGAAAUACACCUCAAUAACUACGCAGCAAACCAAUGCAACAACAACAAAUAACAAUAAUAAUAACAACAACAGUCAUUGUGGGACAACAGUGACCACCACGACAGCAACAACAGCACCCACAGCUCCAACAACGGUGACAACCCCCGCCCCUCUGGUCACCUCCAAAAGUCUGGACAAAAUCGAUGAACGAGAAACUUCAGAUACCACACAAAAAAUGGCUUCCACAUCGGGUACCAGUUCGGGGUCGGGCACCACAUCACAAGCGCAGCAGCAGCAUCCCGCCCCUCACGCCGGACCCCAGCGACAAUCCUCAUCGCUAAAACUGCAAAAGAAACCCCAUUCACAUCAUCUGCAGCAUGCAGCUUCGAGUAGUAGUCGCAGUUCGAGUAAACGGGAUUUCAUGCAAUCGAUUAGUAAACAUUUUAAAAGUAAAAAAGCUACCAUACCCCUGGUAAUUGGGGUCGGGCGACAAAAAUCCAAAUCGGAAAAUAGGGCCCGUAAGGCCUUCCGCACAAUCUCUUUCAUUUUGGGUUGUUUCGUUGCCUGCUGGACCCCCUAUCAUGUACUGGCGCUGGUCGAAGGUUUUUGCCGCAAUCCACCCUGUACCAAUGAACACCUGUACAUGUUCUCGUAUUUCCUAUGCUAUGCCAAUAGUCCCAUGAACCCGUUCUGUUAUGCCCUUGCCAAUCAGCAAUUUAAAAAGACAUUUACCCGGAUACUUAAGGGUGAUUGGCAUAUGACUUAAAG